UACACCUGCGCAGCCUUUCACUGCACCGCCUUGAACGUUGAUAAUAUUCAGCUAAAGUGCUUCGAGUGAAGGUCAUCACAUUCGCACAGCUCAACCACACACUCGAGUACGCUUGCCGACCUUCCACUUACACUUCGCGCCAAACAACCAUAAAAGCAAAUAUCAACACAAUGCGAGGGAGCGGCGGAUACUACUAUUAUGGUCAGGAGGAGCUGGAACAAAUGCACAUGCAUGCAUUCAACCACUAUCGUUGGCAAGGUUGCUCAAUGCUCGAAGCUUACGAUCUAGCCACUGACGCCGUCGAACGUGAGACGGGUUAUGAACCGAGACGGGACCAAAUGCGUGUAGAUCGCGAGAAUGCACGUCGCAUCGAUCGCGCUGCGGAGAUCAUGGCACGCUCAACCUCCUCUGGACGCCCUCGCCAAACCGAGUCUUCACGCCGGUACGAAAAGUAUGACCCACGCCGCCGUACGCAGCAGUCUUCUUCGCGCAGCGAGCAGACUGGGUCUCAGACUGAGUACGAUCGCAUGUUCCAGAACGGCACUGAUAAGUUCGCUUCGCGUACCUCUGGUAAGAUCCUGGGCUGCGAGGAUGUCGAGAGCUGCGCCAAGGCGAUUUUCAACGAGCUGAUUGCGGAAGGCAAGAGCCCAGAGUACGCCCAGCAGAAGACAGAACAGUUCGCCAUACGUGAACACGGUAAGCGUAACGCGAAGAUGCGAGAGGCUGGGUAUCGAUUUGAGAGUGAAGAAGAAGAAGAAGAAGAAGAAGAAGAAGAAGAGAACGAUGCCGCUGCUCGCCGUAAUGCACGCCAUAGCAAUGAUGACAACUAUGGUGCUGGUAGCAAUCGACCAGGCUACGGUAACCGCCGUUCCCAGCCUAAGGAGACUUAUGAUACCAGCUAUCCCUACUCGGAAGAGGACCUCAAGCUCAUGCGGCGGAAGAUCUAUGAGGAUUGGUGCGAUAAGGGUUGUAAUCCAGACGAGGCGAAGCGGGAAGCCCAGAAAUGGUACAACGCCAAGAUGAAGGGCCGUUGUGGAAGUGGAUCUUCGUCUCGUCGCUCUGGUUUUGACAGCUUCGGCGACAUGCGAGAUGCUUUCGAUGAUAAAGACGAUUAUCCACGUCAGGAAUCUCACUCAUCGCGUGGUACCCGUUCCGGCAAGUCACGCCAGCAGGGCCCCGCGUACGACGAGUACUUCACUGAAGAGCCUGAAGAUGAAUACCGCCCUCGCGGCAAGACUGGAGGCCGUUCCCAUGGUUACCGCACUAAAUAUCGCCGUCCAGGUGGAGACUAUUCUUCGGGUAGCAGCCACGACGAGCCAGGUGGUGUGAAACCUGUUGUGGAGCUGUACAAGCUCCUAUGCGUCUCGAAGCAUGCGACCGUGGCCGAUAUCACGAAGGCACACAAGAAGCUGUGUCUAAAGUACCACCCUGACCGUGUACCCGGUGGUGUAGCAGCGAAGAAGGCGGCGAAGAAGGCGGCGACGGACAAGAUGGCGCAAAUCAACCAGGCCAAGGAUGUGCUGAAGGACCACAAUUUGCGGGCGUACUAUGACCGUACGGGUUUGAUUGCUAGCAUGUGUAAGUCGCCGGAUGCUUGAGUAGCAAGGGAGGCAUCGGAUUCUAUGGAGGAAAGGAAAUAGGAUUUGCAAGUCAACGUAAUGUGUGAAUGUGCGGUGGUAUACGAAUGUGUGGUAUGACGUGCUGUGAAUGGACUGGGAGAAAGAAAAAGAGAAAACCGCGAUCUCAACGAACUUGAUGGCUAGAAAAUAGCUCUCAGCGGUGGCAAGUCAGAUGUGAAUACGCCAAGUGUCUGUC